AUGGCGCGCGGUUCAGCCACGCCCAGCAUUAGCCCCGCCCUCAUUCUUCUCGUCACUAUUCCAGGAGCAGUGGGCAUCGGUUGUUUCGUGUGUAGCUCGUUCGAUGGAAACAACAGAGCGUGUGAGGAUCCCUUCAAUAGCACGCUGGAGGCCUCUUCCAAGCAACGUGAAGCGGCAUCGAUCACGAACUACCAUCAUCCAUGUUGGGCGUUCAAAAAAGGUCGACAAGGUCUCUUCCCCGCUGAUCACUGUAUCAAAAUUAUUGGCCACCGAGCAGAAAACGCUUCGAAGACGAUGAUAAUUCGAACAUGUGCUCUCGAUUCGGGGACGCUUACAGCUGAUACAGAAAUCGUUCGGAUCAGCCAUUGUGGCCACUACAAGUUCGAGGGCUAUCACUAUACAGGCUGUGUGCAGGCGUGCGACUCGGACGGCUGCAACUCGUCUCACGUUCGCUUCAGCGUCGUCUGUCUCAUCAUUGCCAUCAUUGCAUGGCACUGGACUGACCUGCUACGACUGUAG